AUGGGCAACUCCCUGGGCUCGCCCCAGCCAGCGCCCACACCCCCUGCCCCUGGACGCCCAAGGCCCCGGCCUGCCUGGGUGGAAGAACCUACUCAGGAUGAUGGCAGGGUCUCCACCGGGCCGGUCCCCAAGGCGCUGCUCCACUGGCCACUGGGCACACCGUUCAGAGUGGUCUCUUCCACAAGGAGGCGCUCUCCUGUCAGGCUGUCUCCUGGGGUCGCCAUUGGCCGGGAUCUCUCCAGCGCCUGGGAGACCUACAUGAAGCGGUGGCUUUGGAGUGCCAGGAACCCUGUGCGCACCUGCAGCCCCGUGACCAUCAAGAUCGCUCCACCAGGGCGCAGGGGCAGUCCCCUGGUUGUCCCCAGGCAGGGAGCUCGUUUUCCUGGGAAUCCAGAGGCUGCUGGGGAGCAUCUAGACCCCUCCUCCAGGGAGGCGGUGCUGAGGGCGCUUAGCCAGUGCAAGAAGGGAAACAAGAAGUUCGAUGGGCCACUCUGGUUUGAGACCCCAGAGACCCAGAGCAAGACGCAGCUCUCUAUGUCCAGGCCAUCUGCCUUCAAACCCUGCAUUAAAAAUGGAACAGUAGUUUCGUUUGUGCCCAGGCCUGGGCCUUUGAAUCAAAGGCCCUGCUCCUGGAGGCUCAAUGCCUGCGAGGAGGAGAAUAAUACCGUGCCCUGUGUCCAUCCCCAAGCAUUGAUAGCAUCUGAGCAGGAAGCAGCUUCUCCCCUGGAGACAAGGGAGAAGAUGAAGCUGGUCUGUGGCCUGGGCCACAUUCCCGUGCAGCAAAACAGAGUGCGCAGAGUCUCAUUUGCACCUGAGGAUUCCCAGCCUGCUGGUCCUUUUGCCUUCUGA